AUGAAAUCAUUUCAAAUUUCGCAAAGUGCACGGACCACGUCGUCAGCAUCAUCGCAAGGGCAAUCACCGAGCAAUAAACCACCGAACAGUGAAGAUCGAGCGGUUGGCGGUAGCAAUGUAAAGCAAAGACAGCAAUCACCUUUCAGUAGAUUGUCAUCGUCGCCGCAGUUCAAAACAGCCAUGGAAAAGUCUGGUCGCGUAGCCAAAGCAAUCUCAAACGCAAAACAUCCGAAAACGAUCGAAAGUAUUCAAAAGAUCAAGAAAUCGACAAGGCCUCUAACGACUUUGGAAAAAAGACGUGGAGAACGUGUAUUUCCACCAAAAUCUCAAAUUUCGCGAGUACAAAAUAAUCUUGGAUUUCCGUGUGAAUUGCCAAAUGAUCUCAUUGAGAAUGUUAACAUACAAUCAAAAUUUGAUCAGGCAGAUAAAAAAAUAGGUGUUACUAUAACUAAAUCGCUGCUCAUUCUUCGAGUGGAGGAAUAUUCAAUAUUUUAUGGAAAGUUGAAAAUAUGCGAUUUCUUAACACAUCUUGAAAAUGAACCAAUUACCAGUAAAAAAGAAUUGUACAAUAAAUUGAAAAUAUUACAGGAUACUGGUAGAGAGUUUAAUUUACGGUUACGGAGGCCAUUAUGGAAUACGCCAGCUACUAGAUUACCAAAAGGUUAUGAUCGCGCACCGGGAUAUAAUUAUAUCCGCGGUCUCAUGAUCCUUUAUCCGGGCGCUAAUCUAGGAAUGAAUGUCAAAGCAUAUAACAACAAAGUAUAUGUAACGAGUACAGAUCAGAUGAGUAUAGCAUCAGCUGCUUGUCUGAUGGGUGAUUGUAUUGUAGACGUUGAUGGCAUACCCAUUACCUCAACUGUAUCAUGCGGUGAACGAGUCAUUUCAGGACUCAAACAUCGUAAAUUUGUGCUGAUGACAAUUGAAAGAGCGGUAGAUGUGCAAGCUAUACGAGUGGUUAAAUUUGUGCUACUUGUUGAAAAAACCCCUGAAAAGGAUCCCAGAAAAUCAUCUAAUUUUAAAAUACCCAUUAUUGCCCUUUUUUCUACGAUUUAUGAAAGUAGGAUGGCACAAGACACAACUAAAAUUGGUUUGGAUGAAGCAGAAAAAAUUCGACAAAAUGCUUUACCGCCAGCUCUAAAAAGCAUUUAUCGUGGAAAGCAUGGAAAUCGCCAAAAACAUUUGGUAAUCCGUGAGAUGUCGAUGUUCACGCCGAUUGGUGCCGAUCCAUUCAACCCAUUGCUGAUGCAAGCGGUACCACCAAAAAGAAUGGAUGUUAUGCAUGCCAGUAAAACAAGUCAAAUGAAUAUCACGACACCUCUACAGCGAUCAAAAGAAUAA